UGGGGGUGCGGAAAGUCAGGACAGGAUGAGGGAUAGUUCAGCAUCCAGCUCAGCUUCUUCAUCAGUGACAGAUCUGUACUGCAGCCCCUCCAGCAGUAGGUCACACCUCUUCCUCCCGAACACAGCAGGAGACUUCAGUGGUGCAGUAGAGCCCAUGCAGAUUGACGUAGAUCCACAAGAAGAUCAGCAAAAUGCACCUGAUAUCAACUAUGUGGUGGAGAACCCUACUCUGGAUCUGGAGCAGUAUGCGUCCAGCUACAGCGGUCUGAUGCGAAUUGAGCGGCUGCAAUUCAUUGCUGAUCACUGCCCACAGCUGCGGGUGGAAGCUCUCAAGAUGGCACUGUCAUUUGUCCAGAGAACUUUCAAUGUUGAUGUGUACGAAGAAAUCCACAGAAAGUUGACUGAGGCCACCAGAGAACUGCAGAAUACACCUGAUGCUGUCCCUGAUAGUGGAAUUGAACCCCCUCCUCUUGACACAGCUUGGGUUGAAGCUACACGCAAAAAAGCUCUUCUUAAACUGGAGAAACUCGACACAGAUCUGAAAAAUUACAAAGGGAACUCCAUCAAGGAGAGUAUCAGGAGAGGCCAUGAUGACUUAGGUGAUCAUUACCUUGACUGUGGGGACCUCAGCAACGCUCUCAAGUGUUACUCGCGAGCCCGUGAUUACUGCACCAGUGCUAAACAUGUUAUCAACAUGUGUCUCAAUGUGAUCAAGCAAAGAGGAGAAAGAGACAGCCAGACACAGGCAAUUCUCACCAAACUGAAAUGUGCAGCAGGCUUGGCCGAACUAGCUGCUCGGAAGUACAAACAGGCAGCAAAGUGCUUCUUGUUGGCAUCAUUUGAUCACUGUGAUUUCCCUGAGCUGUUAUCUCCUAGCAAUGUGGCUGUGUAUGGUGGUCUCUGUGCCCUUGCUACCUUUGACCGUCAGGAACUGCAACGAAAUGUCAUCUCCAGCAGCUCCUUCAAAUUGUUUUUGGAGCUGGAGCCACAGGUUCGUGACAUCAUCUUCAAGUUUUAUGAAUCUAAAUAUGCUUCAUGCCUGAAGAUGCUGGAUGAGAUGAAGGACAACCUGCUGCUGGAUAUGUACCUUGCACCUCAUGUCAGGACACUUUACACCCAGAUUCGAAAUCGUGCCCUUAUCCAGUACUUCAGCCCCUAUGUGUCGGCAGAUAUGCGCAAGAUGGCCACUGCUUUUAAUACCACAGUGGCUGCUCUGGAAGAUGAACUUACUCAGCUGAUCCUGGAGGGACUGAUCAAUGCCAGAAUAGACUCUCACAGUAAGAUUCUUUAUGCUCGAGACGUAGAUCAGCGCAGCACAACUUUUGAGAAGUCUUUACUAAUGGGCAGAGAGUUUCAGCGACGUGCCAAAGCUAUGAUUCUGCGAGCUGCAGUCCUGCGCAACCAGAUACAUGUCAAGUCUCCUCCGAGAGAAGGUAGCCAAGGGGAGCUUACUCCAGCUAACAGCCAGUCCAGGAUGAGCACCAACAUGUGAAAAACUUCGUGCACUACCAAAAGAAAUGGUCCCUCCAGGACUGUACCCAGUGUCUCACCCACUCAUUGCUGAGCUUCACAAACUGUCCCUGUCUCCCUCACUUCUUGCUGGUAUUGAGGGGGUCAGGGCUGAUGGCAGAUAAUACGAAUACUCUGCUAACUUCAAUUCUCCUUGAAAUUAUUUCUAAAAACAGCAUCCCUGCAACGGGUCAUCAUUUCAGUUUUGGUAGAACAUCUUCCUCCAUCGUCCUUCUUCCGCCACUCCAUAAAGAGCUGUCAGGUUAUUCAUACAGAUGCUGAUUUGAGAGUUUUUCAGCUGCUAUUAGUUUAUUUGUUUCAAAGCUGCAAAAAUAGUGUUAAGUUGAAUGGACAGGUGUGAUCUAAGAUGAAUUUCGCUGGCCUGAAAGUAUUGCCUUGAUUCCGAGCAAUGCUGAGCUUUCUGUUCGUUCCAGAUAAACUUAACAAGUGCAUUGCUCUCAAUUAUGGAGCUAGAGUUCUGAUGGGAGAGGAGAUUUCCUCUGAGAAACUCUUAAUGGUUUUUCACCUACACCAGAAAACAUGGCACUGCUUCCAUUAAUUCAGUUAUGGGCCUUUAUUUUAGGGUGUUAUGUUUACCUGGAUCCAGGUUCUUUCUCUCUGGUCUCUGUUCUCAAAGACCUGUUUCCUGAUGUGUUUCCCACUUGUGCAUGACCUGGCUUUGGGGUCCAGUGUUGUUAUAGCAGUAAAUCUGUACUUCAUGCAAAUAUUGCUGCUUGUCCAGUCUUACUGCCAUAGUGUGUGAUGGUUUCCCAACACGUGCAACAGUUGCUUCUGGUAGCAUGGAUAAAUGCCAUAAAAUACCACUGAAGUCCUGUGGAAGAGCUGAAAGCAGCCAAUCUAGGUGCCCGUUCUCCAGGUGCAUUUAUUCUGCUUUUCCUUUUAUAAAGGGAUUAAAGGUGGCAGCCAGGUGUGUGCAUGUUCUGUGUUAAUGAAAGGAGAUAUGCACUGAAUUUUCUGAAGUCAUUGCAGCCUUGCAUUCAUCUAAUCCAUAAGGCAAGCUAAGAAUUUUGAUCCAGCCAUGAGUGGUCUGGCAACUGACUCCAGAUGUUACUGUUAAUGUGUUAAUGCGCUUUUUUUUUUUUUUUUUAAAUAAGUUGUUAUAUCUAGUGCAUUAAACAGCAGGACUAAAAAGCUUCUGAGUAUUUGGAGUUUUGUGUUAAAGGUGGGGUUUAGGUAUUUUGAUCUCAAGCCAUUGAUUUUUUGCUAAGCUUGAUGAUGUUUUGUAGGCUGUUUUAUUUUGCUUUCUGAUCUGGUUGGAGGUGUAGUUUGGAUGAACUAUGAAGAAAGUGCAACUUGAGGGAGUGUUGUAACAGCAAAAUUCCCAGACUGCGUUUGCACAGCUGCUGAAUUGCAACAGUGCUCCCUCCCUCUAGCUGUCUGUGCUUUUUACGACUUAGGUGCUGAAAAUGGAAGCAAUAGUUCCUGUGAAGUCUGUGGUUAAAAGUCUUCCAUUUGGCAUGGAAAAGUUCUCCCAUUUUUGAGAAAGGGAGAAAGGAGAGAGCUGGUUAAUCAACACCUUCGAGUCAGGCAUCACCGGUGGCCAGUCUAGUGAGAAAGGCAAGCUGAGUCCUCAGGCAAAUUGCUGUACAUCCUUGGAGAAAUGCUGGGAAAGUAAUUUUAAUGUCUUCUGCUUGUGCUGAAGGCAAGCGAUUCAGUCCUAUAAUAGUACUUCUUGCUUUCUUCCCAAAAUGGGCCGCUGAUACCAUUUCUAAGGAAAAGAUCUUACGCUCUUUGCUCUCGAAAAGAUGGUUUUGCAACCCAGUUAAGUGCAUCAUGUCAGCUGGCUGUCUCUGCUUACGCACAGCUUCCACUCUUGAUUUUAUUAGAUUACUUCGGUCCCUUCCUGGAGGCUUUCUGCUGGAGGAAUCCUCAGUUGUAGAUGGACAUCUUCAGCAUGCUGGCUUGAGAGUCUCUGCUCUUCCAGGCACUAGCGCUUGUCUGCUCUCGGGAAGUGGCUGGAAGUGUGUAUCCUGUAGCAGUCAGCAUGGAGCCCACGAGGUGGCAACAGCGGUUUCCAGCUCUUGCUGCGGCCCGAAGGCAGUUCCAGAGCUGGGGCAGAGGUGGUCAGAUUCUUCUCUCCAGCCAAAAACUCUUACAACCUCUUUUGGAGAGAUGGAGCAUUUCUCUUUUAUUGUGUAGUUCAUUGGCACUGUUCAAGCACAGUCUAUGCUUUUGUGUAGAAUUACUGCCAUUAACUCUUUCCUUUAGCCAGUGAAAGAACCUGCUGUUGCUUUAGGGUCUUGUAGGUGUGAGUCAGGGCUGCCCAGGCAUAUUUCUUCUAGACAUGUUCAAUGCCAGAUUCAGCGCUAACUACCUGCCAGUCCAAAAAUCAGGCAAUAGAACACAGCAUGGAUGUAGUUCUGUAUAACUUGCAUUCAUAAGCAGUUUCCCUCAGUGAAAGAAUUAUUUUUACCUUAAAUUUCUAAGUAAUUUCACAAGUAAUAAAUGGGAAAAUAGAGACUCACAUAGAAUGAAUUUCCAGUGAUUCCCUGUGACCACCAUGUAAUCCAGGGGAUGCAGUUUUGUGGGAUCUGUAGCAUGCUGAUAUAUCUAGGGGUAUGUUCAGAGGAACUUAAAUUUAAGCGGAUUUCAUGAACUUGUGCAGCACUUUGUUGACGAGGAAGGACAUGCCAGUGGUAGGCCAUAGUUGAUGGUGUCCUCAUGCAGUGUAGAUCCUGCUUUCUUUACCUCACCUAGCUAGGGAUAAAGGAAAAACAGUUGUAAAGAACCUGGUUCUUCUUGGCGAAGGCAGUUUUAAUUAGCACAGCUAAUUCUAGUGGUAAUGUAGAAACUGCCAUUAUGAGAUUUGUCUUGGAGUAGUGGUCUGUGUUGCUGAGAUUUGUAGAGGGAGGUCUGGAAGAGGGGGACGUUAUAUUACGGCUUGCAUUGUGGCUGGGUGCAGCUUCAUCUGUCAUCUGGGAGACUUCAGUGGAUGAGGGAGAGAUGAACAGGGUUCUGUCUUUGCCCCAUGCCACGCACAUACGAUCUGUACAUUGGUUUCUGGGACGCUGCCAUAGCGGUCUCAGUGUUACUUCCUAACUUAGUUGAAAUUUCAGCAUUGUUCCAUCCUCCAGGGAGCUCCCCAAACUGCCACCGAAUAAUGUGUUAUUGCUGAUAUAUGCAAUGUAAUGUAAACUUUCAGAAAAACAAAUGAGGAAAUGUUAAUAAUAGCAGCAAGACCUGUCAUGCAUAGGUAGGAAGUACUGAUCAAGCAUUGAUACAAGAAAAAAAAAAAAUUUUUUUUUUUUUAAGAGUAAAGUCUCAGCCAACUUAAUUUGGCUAUGUGAGGUUCUUAGGCUGUGCAUGUCCUUCAUUACUUUUUAUAUGAAGCAGAUGACAGUGAGGGAGCAGUAUGCUCCACAGGACGGUGCUCUUGGUAUUUUCUUGUGCCACCCCCUUGUGAGAGCAGAGACUAAUACAAGUCAGCAUGUCAUUUUUUCAGUACUUCAUCAACUGUGAACUUGCAGUAGGGUGAAAUACAACAAGCUGGUAUGGAACUGACUUCCGCUUAUCCCUGAUGCUGUUAGGGAAUAGGAGAUUAAUUACUCUCUGCUUUGCAAAUGAACUUUGUACUUCACCUGGUAUUAUUUUGGCUUCUGUGCUCCUAUGGAUCUGUGAAUUCCAUUCAAUGUUUCAUAGAGUCUAAUAGAACAACCUAGCUUUAGAUUAUCUCAUAGGAUAACUUGAUCAGGCUAAAUUAAUCAGCUAGGGACCACAAACUGGCUAAUAAGCUAUGUCAACCUCCAAGAGAAAUGUAUGAGAUGGAGUAGUUAGAAGUUUGGUACAUUCUUAAUGCAAGUAAGACAGUUUCUUGACAGCAAAGAAAUAAUGCAAGUUUAGGCUUCAGUAGCCUUAUUAAAAGCUGCAUUAGCAAGAGAUGGUUGAAUUCAAACGAGUUCAAGUGGCAAGACCUGAACUCCCGUCUUAGGCAGUAGAUCAGGCUAGGUAAUCUCGUUGUCCUUGAUCCCACAGGUAUCGCUGUUCCAGUUAUCUAAUACUCUGCAGCUAUAGCUUUGACUAUUAUAUUUCAUGUGCCUGUAGUCUAUGUAACUGAAGCCUGUGUACAUAAAGGUUAUACCCUGUAAAUACACGCUGAGAUCCAGGGUUUGCAAUCUUUGUUGUGA